GUCCCCCACACUCUGGAUUCAACUAUGAUGCCUUGACCUGUACCACAUGGCGUAGCUGCGUUGUAGACAGAGUUGUUGUCAAUAUCGGAACCUACAAAAUCAAACCAAACCAAACCGUUGGUUGACAGAUUUCUUUUUUUUAUUUAAGCUUGAAAAAUGUCUCAACUGCAAGCGAGAUUCUUCACGGAGGACAAACGAUACGUCGUCGAUGACGUCCCUUUCUCCAUCCCAGCUGCGUCUGACGUGCAGGACCUCAGCAAUAUCAUUAACAAGCUUCUGGAAGCCAAAAAUGCAUCACACAGCAAAGUGGAUUUUGACUUCUUGGUCAAGGGUCAGUUUCUGCGGAUGCCGCUGUCCACUCAUAUGGACACUGAAGGCAUCUCUACGGAAGAAGUUGUAGAGAUCGAGUACGUAGAGCGGAUCACGGCCCCUGAGCCAGAAGAAUGUAUGAUGCACGAUGACUGGAUCAGCUCCAUAGAUGCUGAUUCUGAAUGGAUUCUGACGGGGUCCUAUGAUAAAACUGCAAGGAUCUGGUCUGUGGAAGGCAAGCCGGUCAUGACUGUCGCGGGACACACAGAUGUGGUGAAAGAUGCUACCUGGGUCAAAAGAGAUGGUCUGACCUCUCUUCUUCUGACCGCCUCGCUGGACCAAACCAUCCUCCUGUGGGAGUGGAAUUCAGAGAGAAACAAGAUAAAAGCCAGACAUUGCUGUCGAGGACAUGCUGGGAGCGUCGACUCCAUUGCCACGGACCCUACUGGCUCAAAGUUCUGUAGUGGUUCCUGGGACAAAAUGUUGAAAAUCUGGUCAGCAGUUCCUACAGAUGAAGCAGAUCAGGUUGAGGAGGAAGCAGAUCGACCAAGGAAGAAACAGAAGACCCAACAACUGGGUCUGACCCGAACCCCUUUAAUGACGCUGUCUGGACACAAUGAGGCCGUAUCGUCGGUAUUGUGGUGCGACAGCGAGGAGGUUUGCAGUGCAUCAUGGGACCACACUAUCCGCUUAUGGGAUGCUGAGACCGGCGAGAUGAAGACCACGUUGACCGGCAGUAAAGUUUUCAACUGUAUAUCGUACUCGCCCUUGUGUCGGCGGCUGGCGUCGGGCAGCUCUGACCGACACGUCAGACUUUGGGACCCUCGCACCAAAGAUGGCUCACUUGUGCUGUUGGCGCUGACCUCUCACACCGGCUGGGUCACCGCGGUCAAGUGGGCGCCUUCACACGAGCAUCAGCUCAUCUCCGGCUCCCUUGACAACCUUGUCAAAUUGUGGGACACCAGAAGCUGUAAAGCACCGCUGUAUGAUCUGGCGGCUCAUGAGGACAAAGUGUUUAGUGUGGACUGGACUGAGAGUGGGUUGAUGUUAAGCGGAGGAGCGGACAACAAGUUGUACACAUACAAGUACUCGGCCUCUCAGACGGACGUGGGGGCCUGAACUCCAGUGGUCUUCUGUUUAUGAAUGAGCACAAAAUAUCAAGCAAACAAGUCGACGUCCUAGAGUCCUUUUUACACCUACUUCCCAAAAGAUUGUUUUCCUGUGUCAUCUAUGUCAAACACAUGUA